ACUACAACAUCUUGUCCUUCAUCUAUUUUGGAUUGUCACGGCUCACCGCCCAACAGAUACACGGACUUCAGUAGAUAAAGAGGGCAAUGGAGGUGUCAGAUGAUGACAUGAAACGUAUGAUGAAUUUUUGGAAUUUACAUCCCCCUUUAUAUCUGCACUAUCCUUAGCAAAGAACAACCCAGAGUAACCAUGGCAACAGCAGCAUCCUCGGAGUAAUGUUUUACAACGUCUUCAGUGUGGAGAGUAAUUCUCUUAACGGGAGCUCACAUAACCAUGGCAGUGGUCUAGCUAUGACUUUCCAGGUUUGAAUGGAUGAUACCUGGUAACAGCUGCCAUGUUCGCCUGUAAUGGCAGCUCACUGGAGGGGUGUGGCCUUCUUGAACCAAUAGAAACUGAGACGCAAGAGGCUGAUACUGCCCUCAUGCCCACCACUCUUAGGGUGGCACUGGCUGCCAUCAUGAUCUUCAUGAUCACCAUCGGUUUCCUCGGCAAUGCCAUUGUGUGUCUGAUAGUGUAUCAGAAACCGGCCAUGCGUUCAGCGAUUAAUCUGCUCCUGGCCACGCUGGCCUUCUCUGACAUCAUGCUGUCGUUGCUAUGCAUGCCAUUCACCGCCGUCACUCUCGCAACUACGGACUGGAGCUUCGGAGUGGGAUUCUGCCGCGUGUCCGUCAUGUUGUACUGGUUAUUUGUUCUGGAAGGUGUGUCCAUCCUUCUGAUCAUCAGCGUCGAUCGCUUCCUCAUUAUAGUUCAGCGGCAGGACAAGCUAACGCCGCAUCGUGCGAAAAUUCUCAUUACCGCGUCAUGGGCUCUGUCGCUCUGCGUGUCCCUACCGUCCGUGAUCGGCUGGAGGACGGCCGGGAUCGGCGCACAGGUGCCGCAAUGCAUUCUUGGAUACAGCGAAUCGCUGGCGGACCGGGGUUACACGGUUCUGCUCGCCGUCGCGGUGUUUUUUGUGCCAUUCGGUGUGAUGUUGUACUCCUACCUGUGUAUUCUCAACACGGUGCGACGCAACGCGCUGCGCAUCCACAAUCACACCAGCGAAGGCAGUGUCGCCAUCAACCAUGUCAACAAGUUGGGUUUAACCGGUCUUCAGCGACCCCAAGUCAACGUGGACAUGAGUUUCAAAACCAGGGCCUUCACCACCAUCCUCAUCCUUUUCAUUGGCUUCUCCGUGUGUUGGUUGCCACAUACGGUGGUGAGCCUGCUGGCGGUGUUCAGUAGACGCUUCUAUCUCAGCCCCGCGUUUUACCCCGUCAGCAUCGGGGCGCUGUGGUUGAGUUACCUAAAAGCGGUUUUCAACCCUGUGAUAUAUUGCUGGAGAAUCCGAAAGUUUCGUGAGGCCUGUCUGGAGUUUAUGCCCAAGACUUGUCAUCUCUGUCCCAAGAUUCCCGGACGAAGUCGUAGGCGUAUAAGACCCAGCAACAUCUAUGUGUGCAGCAGUGAGACCCAGUCUUCAGUCUAGGAUUCGCACCAAAGUAUGUUUAAAAUUGACAAGGCAAGAAUGAAAGAUGAUGUUUAGAUAUGACACACUUGGUUUCAAGGGUCUUUGAAUUCCCAUGGAGAUGAGAACGCUUAUUAAUUGAGUACUUGAUAAAUACGUCCUCCUAUCAUAGUCUGCAGUGACGAAGGAAAAAGCAUUAGCUGUCUGAAAUUCAUCAAAGCAAUAUUCUUAUAUAUUCCU